AUGGUAGCUGAAUGUCACACAUGUCAACAACAUAAGUAUGAAACUGUGACUCCUGCUGGAUUAUUGCAACCCUUGCAUAUACCAGAUAAGGUAUGGACUGAUAUCUCAAUGGAUUUUAUUGUUGGAUUACCCCAUUGCCAAGGGAAAUCUGUCAUUUUUGUAGUAGUUGAUUGUCUGAGCAAGUAUGCCCAUUUCAUUGCUUUAUCCAAUCCUUAUUCAGCUGCUACCAUUGCUCAGCUCUUUGUGGACCAUGUGUUUAAGUUACAUGGUAUGCCUAGCUCCAUUGUUUGCGACAGGGAUCCAAUAUUUGUUAGUGACUUCUGGAAAGAAUUCUUCAAAUUGCAUGAUGUAGCUUUACGGAUGAGCUCUGGUUAUCAUCCACAGACUGAUGGCCAAACUGAAGUGGUUAAUUGGUGUUUGGAGACCUAUUUAAGGUGCUUUGCUGCUGCUCAGCCCAAAAAAUGGUUGCUUUGGUUAUCUUGGGCAGAAUUUAGCUAUAAUACAGCCUAUCAUACAUCAGCCAAGCUAACCCCAUUUGAAGUUGUUUAUGGUUAUCCCCCACCCAUGGUUACACCAUAUGAGCCAAGCACUACAAGAUUCGCCAAUGUUGAUAGAAGCUUGGUUGCCAGAGACGGAAUGUUGACCUUGUUGAAAUCUAAUCUCCUUAUGGCAUACAAUCGAAUGAAGACUCAAUCUGAUAAACAUCACUCCAAAAGGGAAUUUCAGCGUUUGGUACCUUAUCGGUUACAGUCCUUGGCUGCUUACUCAUACCACAAACUUUUGCCCAAAUUUUAUGGACCUUAUGAGAUACUGGAGAAGUUGGGACCAGUGGCUUACAAACUCCAAUUGCCUACUGGUUGUAAGAUCCACCCCGUAUUUCAUGUGUCUUGUUUGAAGAAGCAUUUAGGAACUCAUGUGACUCCUUCGUUAACAUUACCUCGAAUUAUUGAAGAUGGUAUUGUGCAAGAUGAGCCACUGACUAUUUUGGAAAGGAAGUUAGUCAAACGUGGUAAUGCUGCGAGGGUGGAUGUCCUAGUGCAUUGGAAGGGUCACACACACCAGAGGAUGCCACAUGGGAGGACUACCAUGACCUCCAGGCCAGAUUUCCAGAAUUCAUUGCCCAGGUUGAAGCUGCUUUCAAUUCCAGAUGAAUCAUGUUGCAAUUGCUGUAGCAACUCUGUUUUUGUUCUAAUAAGUUUUCAAUGCUUGUAA